UAGCCAUUGACACUGCUGCCAUUCCACAUCACAGCGACUGCUCCAAGCAUUUAGCCAUUGACACUGCUGCCAUUCCACAUCACAGCGACUGCUCCAAGCAUUUAGCCACUGACACUGCUGACACUCCACAUCACAGCGACUGGAUGCACUGAUUUACCUUCAGGAACUUGUUCCUGCCCAAAGCUAUGGAAAGCUUUAAUACCAGUUUGGGAGGAGGCUUCAUUUUGGUGGGCUUCUCCGACUGGCCUCAACUAGAAAUCAUCUUCUUUAUUUAUAUUUUGAUUUUCUACUCCUUCACUCUCUUUGGCAAUACCGCCAUCAUCGCUCUCUCCCGAAAGGACCCUCAAUUACACACUCCCAUGUACUUCUUCCUCUCCCACCUCUCCUUCCUGGACCUCUGCUUCACCACUAGCACCGUGCCCCAGCUCCUGAUCAACCUUCGUGGACUUGACAGGACCAUCAGCUAUGGAGGAUGUGUGGCCCAGCUGCUCAUAUCUCUCGCUCUGGGCUCCACAGAGAGUUUGCUCCUGGUUGUGAUGGCCUUUGACCGCUAUGCUGCUGUAUGUCGUCCCCUGCACUACACGACCAUCAUGCACCCCCUUCUCUGCCAGGCAUUGGCUGUUGUCUCCUGGGUGGGAGGCCUCAUGAACUCUCUGAUCCAGACAAGCCUCAUGAUGACCAUGCCCCUCUGUGGCCGUCGACUGAACCACUUCUUCUGUGAGAUGCCUGUGUUCCUCAAGUUGGCCUGUGAAGACACUGAAGGGACAGAGGCCAAGAUGUUUGUGGCCAGAGUGGUGAUUGUUGCAGUUCCAGCUGUGCUCAUCCUGGGCUCCUAUACACAGAUUGCCAGGGCAGUGCUGAAGGUCAAGUCAACAGCUGGGCGCAGAAAGGCUAUUGGGACCUGUGGGUCCCACCUCCUGGUAGUUUCUCUGUUUUAUGGCUCAGCCACCUACACAUACUUACAGCCCAAAGACAGCUAUUCUGAGAGCAAGGGGAAGUUUGUUGCCCUUUUUUAUACUAUCAUCACCCCCAUGCUCAACCCUCUGAUUUAUACCCUGAGGAACAAGGAUGUGAAGGGUGCUCUGUGGAGGGUGCUAGGGAGAGGAACAGCCACAGGGUAGGAAAGAACAGGUGAGCAGUAAAAAGCUUUACAUUCUGUCAGUCCAGAGGAUUUCAGUGGGAGAGGGGAGUUGGAUGUCAAUGCAAGUACAAUUAGUAUGUACAUUCAUGUGACUGUCAAAGCAUAUAAAAUUAGAAAAACAAAAACAAAAACAAUCCUGGGCUGGCAAAAUGACUCAGCAGGUAAAGGCACUUGCUGCCCAGGAUCUGAGUUUGAUGCCUGAAUUCUACAUAGUUUAAGACCUCUAAUCUCUCUCUCUCUCUCUCUCUCUCUCUCUCUCUCUCUCUCUCUCUCUCUCUCUCCUCUCUCUCUCCUCUCUCUAUUUCUCUCUCUCCCCCUAUCUCUCUGUACCUAUCUCUCUCUCUCUCUCUCUCUCCCUAUCUCUCUAUCUCUAUCUCUGUUUGUGUGUAUGUGUGUAUACACUAAAGAAAAAAAUUAAAAAUUAAAACAGUCCCCAGGAGGCAUCAGCACUUUAAUACCGUCCUUGUUGGAAGUUGGAGUGGGGAUCUGCUCUCUGAGUUACUCUCUGUCAUCACUGCACAGCAAGGAUAAUUGUGAAUUCAGACACAACUUUCCAUAGAAGAGACUGGGAGAGGUUGACUGUGAGCACCUGUGGAAAUGUGCUGGGAUCUUGGCAGGGAAGAGUGUACUGUGAACACUUGUGGAGACUGGAUUGGUUCUUGGCAAGUCUGAAUGUCAUCGGAUUUAUAAUUCUGAGUUGCAACACUCCAAGUCAGAUGUGGUGUCAUAUAGUGGACACUGUGACCCAAGGGUUCACUCUGAUUUUCUAUCCAUUUUGUAUUCUCAUUUUAAUUUAAUAUCCAUACAUUCAUAUGCUGUGUUUUGAUCAAAUCCACCCACAGGUCUUCCUUCCAAUUUCUCCCUUUCCCUCAACACCACUUUUGUCUCUCAAAUUCAUGCUUUUUAAAAAAAUAUAUCAUCCAGGGGGUCCAUGUAGGGCCACCUGCAUAUGCAUGGAUGUGGAGCAUCAGGUCUAAGUGGGGCCUCAAUAUCACCCCAUUUUCCUGAUGUAUCAUAACCCUAUCUGACUUCAGUCAUAACUUGGCGUCUUUUGUGAAGGCCUCUUAUGCAGUGCCUAACAUUCCUAGCUUGGAAUAAACAAGCUUAUGAAGAGCAGAGCUGCUUCAUGUAGCAUGUGAAAUUCAGACAGGGGUUCAUUUACCCUCUUGGAGAAAAAGGCAGAAUCAUUUAUUACAUGCACUGCAACAAAGUAAGGUGAGAAAGAUCUCCUAGCAGAACUCUGAGUAUCCAUCAUGCGAACUGGCAGCAUUCCUCUCCUGUUAGAUAGAGGUGAGGAUAUGGAAAAUGAUUAUACAAACAGUAAACUAAGGAAAAUUCAAAGAAAUCUAAACUUAUAUAUGUCCUGAUGCAAAAAAUUAUUUAGAAUAAAAUCUUUAUUUGUAAGAAAAUUAUUAAUGAAAAUUUAAAAGAAGCAAGGGAAGAGGCUAUUAUUUGUUGUGUGACCAGCUAUGUGAAAGUUGAUUUGGGGCUCCAUUUCACUUCUCUUCAUCUCUGUUUUAUUUGACUAUCAGUCUUCCAUCACUGUUGUUUACUUCCGGUUAAAUGGUGGUUUCGUGUUUACAAGUGCAGGGAUCUUUGUUAAUGGACUUUUGUAAGCAUGAUAAAUUUGGUGUUAACUGAGCCAUGUUUUAUUAUAAUAAUUUUCCACUGAUUUUUCUUAUGUUUGCAACUCAUUUUGCCAACUAUGUCAUUAAUCCUUUCUCAGUAUUGCCAAAGUCGUUAUAUUUUUUUGUAUUAUUUGGUUGAUGCAAAAAUACAAUUUUCACCUCAAAAGGAAUUUUGUGGAUUUUCCUGGGCAGAUGUGAGGAAACAUCUACUCACCUAAGAUGGAGCAACCAUAACAAACCAAAGAAGUUAUUUCAUCCAACUCUACCUUAGCAAACCAGGGAAUUCAUUUGGGGUCACUUACAGGAGUGUGAAAGGCUCAAAGGCAGCUGCAUUACCAAAAAGCCCAUCCCAGUAUUGGUGAUGGCACAGGAAACCACAUUCCUGGACUGGACUUCCCUGACCAACUUGCAGGUGUCUCAGCCAGUCAGACAGAGUCUCUUCUCCAUAGCAAUUGUCUCUGCUUAUGUAAACUUGGGGAGAUUGGUGUAAAUCUUGUCCGUUUCCCGAACUUCUUGAGACUUGUUGAUUUUGUUUACUUUCUAAGCCUUAAGGAACCUCCUUCUACCAUUGAAGAGGGAAAGUUUCAGUGCAGAGUAAAGACCUACAAUAAUAACUUCUUUUGGUACUUAGAUUCUCUCUGCACCCUCUUCUCCAACAGGCCCUGAAUCUUGAAGCAGGUGAUAUGGAUGUUUGUAGUUUUUCUCCAUCUACACCUUAGUAUUGGCCUGCUAUGCCAGAGCGACAGUCACUUUAUCUCAGAAGCAUGGGCAGUUGUGAAUCUGCUUUGUACUUCUUGUUCUUAAAGAGAAGUCUCCCUCCAUGAACAACUGAGGUUAAUAGUAGUAAUGAUAUAUAAGUACACACACACACAAACAAACACCACUAAUGUGUAGAAGGUAAUUUGGGAGUUGCUUUAUGUUCAUUUAAGAAAUUAACAAUAGAAACACUGGGACCUCUGACCUCCUCCUUCUGGCUUAUAGUACCAUUUGAGGUCCCUGCAGAGGAAUGGACCUCAAAUUCAACUGAAAAGCAAUUCACCCUUAACAUUUGUGAUAGAACUGCACCAGUCAACACAGCCUGCCUGGCAUAUUGGUAAUGGAGCACAUGGGGUCCUUUGCUGAGUGGUGCUUGUGUGGUGCCUCUAGCACUACAAAAGGCAAAUGAAAGGGAGAGAGCUACCAGUCUAGUCCUAGCUUUAUUUUCCUUGUCUGAGUGCUAAAGCCUGUGAUGCCUUCAAUCACAAUAAAAGCAUACCAUGUUGACCUAGCAUCCACCAACACCAUCAACAAUAAUGUCAUAGUGUAAGGGGCCUCAAGGACCUUCCCUGGCCAACAACUCAAGAGAAGUAGUCCUUUUAUCUUAUUGGAAUUUUUA